AACUCAACACGAACACUGCUACAUCGAAUAAUAUUGAAAACUACAGUCACUUUUUGCGGCUACAACAUUAACGUUCAAAAAUACUCCAAAACGAUAUUUUUCAGUUUGUGUAAACGUAGACAGCCAUUUUAAAUACGAAGUAAAGAGGAUUUACUCAUUUUAUUUUGGAUAAAGAUUUAGAAGGACCAUCAUAUUUGAUUAAGUUCCGGUUGUUAUUGAAGAAUGAAGUUUUAAUACAAACAUUUUACUAAUCGAUAUACAAUGUCGUGUAAAUGUGAUAGUGGUGGUACAGACCUCUCAUAUCUAGGAUUGGACCUCAGCACUCAGCAGCUAAAAGCCUGCGUAGUAGACGAUAAUUUACAAUUAAUAACCGAAGCAAUAGUCCAAUAUGACACGGAUCUUCCAGAAUUCCGUACAACCGGUGGGGCACAUAUUGAUAAAACUGAUAAUUCCAUUAUUACGUCACCCACUAUCAUGUGGGUGAAGGCAUUGGAUAUAGUACUAGAUAAACUAACCGUGGCUGGAGUUGAUUUUACAAAAAUAGCUGCAGUAUCUGGAAGUGGACAGCAACAUGGGUCUGUAUAUUGGCAAAAAGGUUCAUCUGAUACUCUAAAAAAGUUGAAACCUGACGUAUUUCUCCACCAACAAUUAGCCCAAUCUUUUGCAGUUACCAACAGUCCAAUAUGGAUGGAUUCUAGUACAAAAAAACAGUGUAAAGAGUUAGAAGAUGCAGUUGGUGGUCCAUUGAAACUUGCAGAAAUAACUGGGUCUCGUGCUUACACAAGGUUCACUGGAUCUCAAAUAGCUAAAGUUUUCCAAACCAAACCAGAUGCGUACAAAAAUACUGAGAGAAUAUCACUAGUCAGCAGCUUCCUUUGUUCACUUUUCGCCGGUACCAUUGCGCCCAUUGAUAUAUCCGAUGGUUCCGGAAUGAACCUUUUAGAUAUUCAUACCAAAAAAUGGAAUGAAGCUGUCCUUAAUGCUUGUGCACCAAAUCUAGCGGAAAAAUUAGGCGAAGCAGUUCCUUCGUAUUCCGAAGUUGGUAUUAUAUCACCAUAUUUUGUGGAAAGGUACAAUUUUAACCCAAAUUGUAAGGUUAUUGCUUGUACUGGUGACAAUCCAGCAUCUCUUAUAGGAAUGAGGUUAGGCGAAGGAUGGAUAGCUGUAAGUUUAGGAACAAGUGAUACCGUAUUCCUGUGGCUAUCAGAACCAAAAGUUGUGCUAGACGGACACGUAUUGUGCAAUCCCAUAAAUAAGGAUGCUUUCAUGGCUUUAUUAUGUUUUAAAAAUGGUUCCCUAACACGAGAACGAAUAAGAGACAAUUGCGCAGAAGGUUCUUGGGAUAUCUUCAGCAAACUUCUAGACAGCACGCCCAGAGGAAAUUUUGGAAAUAUUGGACUCUAUUACGAUAAACAAGAAAUCAUUCCAUUUUUACAUGGCGAUUUUAGAUUUACCAAAAACGGAUGUGUCUCUAAAUUUAACAGUUUAGAAGUUGAAGUUCGUGCUGUAGUUGAAGGACAGUUUAUCAGGAAUAGGGCUUAUUCGGAAGACUUUGGAUUUAAAAUAGAUAAAAAUACAAAAAUUCUAGCGACUGGUGGUGCUUCCAAAAAUAAAGCAAUUUUACAAGUCCUGUCUGAUGUUUACAAUUCUCCAGUUUAUGUGCAGGAUGCUGCAAAUUCAGCCAUGUUAGGUGCAGCUUUUCAAGCCAAACACGGAUUAUUACAUGACAGUAAAACUUACAUGGAAAUAACCUCAACAGUACCUGAGCCUCAUCUAAUCUGUAAACCUUUUGCCGAUGCAGAAGAAAUAUAUAGACCGAUGGUUAAUAGGUAUAGACAGAUUGUAAAAGAGUUAACAGAUAAAUAAAUUCUAAAUUUGUUGUCAAGUUGUUAGUUUUACAAAAAUAAAGAAAAGCCAAUAAAA